AUGGUUCCCAGGAAGCGUGAGGACUCCACUGUCGACUGUAGAGUCACACUAGAAGAUGAGAGCAGGUGGAUGAGCUCAGUGAAGGUGGUGACAUCGGCAAACUUCAGGAGGUUGGCAAACUGGUGCCUGAAGAAAGUGUGUGAUCCACCUACAAGUGAUGUCAGGCACACUCAGCUGGAAGAGCUUUUCCUGCAACAGGACCUGGAUGAUAGUAUUGAAACUAAAAAGGAGCAGGAUGGCGGAGAUGAAAAGAAACUGCCACAGAAGAAGAAGGUGAAGGAGCUGAAGAUUCUUGAUUCAAAGACUUCACAGAACCUCUCCAUUUUCCUGGGAUCUUUCCGUCUCCCAUAUGAAGAGAUCAAGAAUGCCAUCCUGGAGGUCAAUGAAAAGAUCCUCACAGAGUCCAUGGUUCAGAACUUGAUCAAACAACUUCCAACACAAGAGCAGCUGAAUGUCCUGGGAGAGAUGAAGGAUGAAUAUGAUGACUUGGCUGAGUCUGAACAAUUUGGAGUGGUGAUGUCCACUGUGAAACGACUGAUGCCCCGGCUUGAGGCCAUUCUGUUUAAGUUGCAAUUUGAGGAACAGCUAAACAACAUAAAGCCAGAUGUGGUGUCUGUAACAGCUGCCUGCGAAGAGCUUAGAAAGAGUGAAACCUUCUCCAAGCUGCUGGAGAUCAUCCUCCUUGUUGGGAACUACAUGAAUGCUGGCUCCCGCAAUGGAAAGGCAUUUGGCUUUUCCAUAUCAUACCUGUGCAAGCUGCGUGACACCAAAACAGCUGAUCUGAAGCAGACGCUGCUCCAUUUCCUUGCUGAUUUGUGCCAGGAGCAGUAUCCCGAUGUCAUGAGCUUCACCGAUGAGCUCAUUCAUGUUGAAAAGGCCAGCAGAGUUUCUGCCGAGACAAUUCAGAAGAACAUAGAGCAGAUGGGCCGUCAGAUCAAGAAUCUAGAGAAAGCUCUGGAAACCUUUCCUCCCUCACAAAGUGACAAGGACCUGUUUGUGGAGAAGAUGUCUAGUUUUGUGAGCCACACCCAUGAACAGUAUGAGAAGCUGGACCUGAUGCACAAGAAUAUGGAAAAGCAGUAUUCUGAUCUGGGAGAAUAUUUUGUCUUUGACCCGAGAAAAAUCUCUGUAGAGGAAUUCUUUGGGGACCUCAACACCUUCAAAAACAUGUUUCAGCAAGCCGUAAAAGAGAAUCAGAAGAGGAAGGAGGCUGAAGAGAAGAUCAAGAGGGCCAAACUGGCUAGGGAAAAAGCAGAAAAGGAGAAAGAGGAGAAACUCAAGCGGAACCAACUCCUUGACAUCAACGCAGAGGGUGAUGAAACUGGUAUCAUGGACGGCCUGUUGGAGGCGCUGCAGUCUGGCGCUGCUUUCAGGAGAAAGAGAGGACCACGGCAAGCAGCCAACCACAGACGAGCUGGUCAUGCAGUGACCAACAUCCUGGCCAAAGAGUUGAUGCAGGAGGACGCACCUUCAUCCAGUAAACUGGCCGCAAACAAAGCAAAGACAGAGAAGGAAGAGCCGAAAGUAGAAGGAGCAGAGUCUUUAGAGGAGUUACUGGACACUGCUCCCCCUCGAUCCAAUUAGACAGCCAAGGAUAGAACGAUUUUCACUCACAGGGUCAGUGAUAUCUAAACACAGAAUUAUUUUUCUUAAACAUUCCAGAGGUCAGUAUCAAUUUGAGAUUAGAUAACUGAAAAAGGCCAGCGUCUGUCCGACUUUUGUCUUAAAGGACAGCGUUGAUUGUGUCUUCUGGGAUGACAAGGAGAGGAAACACAUGAGGGCAGGGCUCUCACCUCAGCCUCACCGACCAUUAGGGCUUUGCCAAUAUCCUAAAGAUUUAUUUUGCUUUCUUUAGCAUAUGCACACAUAUCUUCAUGUAUUUUUGUCUGUUUCUCUUUACUCCUGUAUCACUCGAUUCACCUGUCAUUCAUGAAAGGGCAUCUUGAGACAUUCCAAAGACUUACUCAGGAGGGAUCCACCAAUUUUUGUUGUUUUUCCCAAAGUUAGACUGGGAACGUCUGGAAUUUGUCUUAUCCUGCAGGUGGUUCUGAGAGUUCUCUCUGGAUGUUCCAGCCAAGACCACUUUGCGCUUUCUUUUGUUUUGUUUUUUUUAAUCUGAUGAAACCUAUUGCUUGUAAUUCUUUGAUAUACUGUAUGUCACUAUUUGUAAUCAUUUUGUUGUAUUAUUGCAAAAGUGCCAACCUAAUAGGAACCCCGUCUUGUCAUUUCAUUUGUAGGUUUUGCUCAGUCACAGUUUGUACCGGACAGGCAUGAGGGCCAGUCCAACACAGCAUUUACCACCUGGGUGUCUGUUUCAGUGUGUUGUUUUAAAGAAGGGAUUUAGCUCACUGGUGUGCAUGCUUGAGUUAGAUUUUAUAUAGAAACAGGGAUAAUUUACGUAAUCUUGUCUAAGUUAGUUUACCACAUGUGCCCACAACACUUAUAUGAAGAAAACAUGCUUUCAUCCAUGAACAUGAUUCUAUCCAUAAACCCUAGAGUGAGAUGGAAGCAGAAAUGUUCCUCUGGAGUCAAACCAAAAAACUUUGUUUUUUAAAAGGGUGUUUCCAUACAAACCCAGCCUGAGCAGUUUACAUUCCCGUGUGUUAGUGUGUGAGAACGUCUGAGUGUGAAGUAAGCUGCCUAUAUUUAGUUUUGUGUGCACAAUCAACUUCCUCCUUGUGUGUGUGUUUGUGCAUGUAGGAUUGAGUGUGUGUGUGUUGCCAUCUGUAAUUACUGUACGGUACAGACCAUGCUGUCAUAAAUGCUAGCUUUGGUCUUCCUGCUGAGGAUAUAGCACACUGGAAAACUGCCCAAAAACUGCUGAGAUAAGUAUGCGUGUCAGUUAAGUUGUCUGUUUGAGUCUGUGUGUGUGUUGUUCACCCACUUUCCCUCCCACUGAACUGCAGCGGUAGUUUCUGAAUGUCUGGCCUUGCUUCUUUUUGUAUUCAGGAGUCAUCAGCAUACAUGUUGCCAUGAUGAUGUGGUGUAAUAUCUGACAGCUUCCUGCGAGGCGAUGUCAGCUGCUCCAUGCAAUAUUUAUUCCUAUGCAAACGCAGCGGUGUAGAGUGCACCCCAGCCCUGAUACCCAGCCAUUCUCAGGAUGUACAAACCGCUGGGUGGACUUGAGCGCGCUUUAUAAACCUGCUGGUUCAAAGAUCAGUGCCUCAUAAUGGUGGGUUGCUGAGGAAAGUCCUCAUAGCUCCAAAACUGUCAGCAUUUCAGGACUCAGAAUGUGUUGUUUUUUUUCUCAACGCCACCAGCACUGAUUUGGCAUCUUCCACAACAAUUUGAAUGUCUUUGAAGAAAGUGGCACUUGAACGCCACAAAUAGAAAUGAGACGAAGUACUGGAGGUGUAGAAACCUUUGUUCUGAUAAAGUGCUGGUGUUUCAUUUUCAUCAACAGUAGUUACACUGAGAAUAAUUAGGUGCAAAACCCAAUAUACUGCAGCACCUUCUCUGAAGCACAAAAUAUGCUGUAGCAGAGAGAUGAUUGCUGUUUUAGGUCUGCGAUAUUUUGUUUAUAUCUACAGGUGAUUGUGUGAUACUGAAGAGCAAUUGUUUUCAAAGUUAGGGAGAGAAACAUGGAUAAUGAUAUCAAAAUGUCACUGGAAUAUUUGUCCUAAUUUGAGAUAUUCCUUUUGUUCAAUAAUUGUUUUUCUUUUUUAAGAGAUUGUUUUCUAUGUGAAUUUUUAUGCUUGAUUAUUUUAUUGUAUUUGAAAGGAUGCAGGAUUUUUUUUCUUUUCCAGAGAUUGCUCUGUGAAUACAGAGUAAUGCACACAGUCAUUCUGUUUGUUACACCAAGCUAUUAAAAAUGUCUUAAGUAA